UCUUUUAUCUAAUGGUAUCUACUUUUUCAUCAUAUCAUCUCAGCCUCUCGGACAGAGAGGUACCCAAAACUCACCGAGAUUCAAUCCCAGAGGCCCAAAAACAAACUGAAAACCAAAACAAGCACAGGAAAUCCAAGCGCGGAGAGAGAAGGUGAGAGAACCAAGCCACUUCAAAUAGACAGAAAAAACAUGGAGGGAGAACAAGAAGCACUACCCGCUUCUCCUACAUCAACAACACCUCCUUUGCCAUCAUCAUACAAGUUAUUUCUGAAAGUUAUGAGCAAAAGGAGAACAUGGGUGUUUCUCUUUGUGCUAGUUUAUGCAAUCCUUUUAGCUUCUUCAUGGAAUUCCCUUAAAUCAAUACUUUCUUGGUACAAACGUCAAGCCCAACCAUCUUCUGCUUCUUCUGGGUGGCCUGCCCUCUAUGCCUCUGUUCUUCUUGGUGCGGUUUUUGGGCUGCUUUCUAUGGUUGCAGCUCUGGCUGUGGCUGUCCCGGCCACUUUGGUGACCUGGAUCACUAUUGUGGUUCUGCUGGCUUUCUUUGGGAAACCAAAGAGGACCUUGGUGCUUGAAGGCAGGAAGAUUACAAGAGAGAUCGCUGGGUUUGUGUUCAAGAUUUUGUUGAAGGAAGGGAAUCUUGUAGCUGCUGUUUGUGCCGUUUUGGGGUACUUUGCACUUGUCAAGAAGAAUUCUGGCGAGUGAUUAAGUUGAAUUGUUUAAGUUAGUGAGACCUUAUUUAGCUGGAGAGAUUUCACUUUGUGGAUACUUGGAAGAAAUCGGGUUUUGGAAGUUUUCCUGGUUGAUGGAAUUUAGGAAAGUUAUCCUCAUCUUCCAUCUAAUACAUUGUUUGAUUUUUGUUAAUUUGACUUAGAUUAGGAGUUCAAAAACGAGGCAAGCUCUUUGUUAAAGGGCUAUUUAAUAGUUAUCCCUGCUUCUGUUUGUUCUAUGUAUAAAAAGAAUGAAUGACGAGCUGUUGUUUUUCACUUUUAAAUUUA